UCAACUACUUUUGCCAUUUCAGGAAUGUUGUGAUGGAAUUAGUGGCUAAGUUCUGUCACAGUGAGCUGGAGGCGUAUGGCAGCUGUGUACAGGACAACCCGCAGAACUGGCCCACUAAAUGUGCAGAACUCAAGAAGAAGGUUUCCAACUGCUCAUCCACACACCCUUCCAUUCAGAGAAUAAAGCGUGACUGUCACAAGCAGUUCCAGGUGUAUGACUACUGCAUACGGAACAACCCCAGCGAUGUCGAGGUGUGUGUGCCUGCACUACGGGAGUUCUUCACCUGUGGACAUAAUGCUGCUUCUGACCAGCAACUCAAAGAGGACAUGCCAACACCACAGAAAGCUGCUGCAUGAUGGGAUACGUAGAUGCACGAUAUUAUACCUCAACAGAAGAAAGUCAUAUUUGAUAACACAGUCCUCAAGUCUUUUAAUCUAGAUGUGUCCUGUUCUAAGUCUCCAUUUCGAAACUUCAAGCCAUAUUGAUGUUUGCCAAAAAAAGUAGUCUAUUCAUUCAUUCUACUCCAGGUACACUCAUAUUUCAAAAUUGUCUUCUUGGACAAAUGAAAUCAAAGGAAAAGGACUUGCAGAUAAUGCGCAGAUACUUAUUGUGGAUUAAAAAAUACAAAUACCAAAUGUCUCCCUAGUGUAUAAGCUGUAGUAUUUCUUCUGCAGUACUGCUGUACUUUACUAGGUGGCACUACUGUACUGCAAUUCUUUGGCAGUAUACAGUGGUGAUCAAUUUCAUCAAACCAGUUUAGCUUUUUCUCCACAGAACCUUCCAUUCAGAUAAGUUGAAUGUCAAGACUAUCAAAAUUAUCAUUGUACUCAUGUGAAUCAUAAUUUGGCAAAUUGUGAACAAUGAGAUGUAACAUUACAUAAUUAUAAAAAUGUUAUAUCAUUACGCUUGACUUUGAUAUUCUUUUUUGCAUUACAACUUUCGCAACAUGUGGGGGAUGUGUAAGUGUUAGCAGUUAAUUAGCUCUAACUGUUUGGAGACAUUUUUUGUACAACUGCUUCUAAUUUUUCUGUACCAUGCAAAUUCUCUAUUAAAAUCAACUGAGAAUAAAAGAUGAAGCACUGCCUUUUCCAUGCAGCCUUUAUUGGUAUGAACAGUUAAACACACAGAGACAUAACAUGUACAUGUACAAUACAUACUUCCUCACAAACAAGUCACUCUUUCACUACUGUGGUACUGACAACUGGUUCGACUCUACAUUCAUGUAUAAUCCCACACAAGGAACAUCUCCCAGUGACAAGUCUUGAUAGUGACUUCCAACUUGAAUCAGGAAGUAUUGUACAUUGCUUGUGAUAUAUUGACAGUCAAGUACAAAUGUAGUACUGGUUGCACAUCCAUACAUAAAAACAAUACUGACCACAGCACAAUGUUGCACAUGCGUGUCACACUUGCAAACAGAUACAAUAUAGCAUUGGUCUUCAUGCGUUUGUAAAACAAAAAAAGUUAUACUGUAAAAACAUUAAAGUAACGCUAUACUGUGAAGUCAAGCACUAUUGACUUUUGAAAUUAUGAAAUUAUAACUUUGUGGCUGUUAAAUUCAGAAGUUAACAGUGUGAGUACAUGUAGUGUUUUACAUCAAUUUCAACGGCUAGCUUACUCAACUUUGGCACAAGCGAAGCUCCAGUUAUUCACUGUUGAAUCAAAACAAAAACUGUGCAUUUGCAACUCCAUAAAUUAUGACUUCACAUCAAGUGAAAUAGCAAGAUGAUUGCAUGUUUAAUAGCUGUGUCCAGUGACAAGACAGACAUUCUCACACUCACUCAGGUAUACUUCUUCAAAUGGUGAACGUCAGACAAUCAUACCAGAAGAAACCAUCCUUGUUUCCAUAGGAAAAAGGAGUUUCUUAUAGGACUACCCAAACUACUCAUUUUGUACAUUAUCUGUAAUAUUGUGACUGGUACACCCAUUCUAGUAUGUGUUUUGAAAAAUGAACAGACAGUCAUAUAACUUCACGUGAUAGCAUUAAAACUUUUAACCCUUUAGGUUCUAAGUACUGUAACAGUUUUAACCAGUACUGGGACCCACGGUAGGUGGAAGGUUAACCCUGCUAAGUUCUAUAAGAGAAGUUUGGGAGAGUUUUCUACACAUAAAUGGUUCAUGUGCAAAAUGCUUCUGAUGUUAAAGAGCCAGCUCCUAGCUUUUGGUUUAUUAGGCCAUGUUGAUAUGAUUAUAUGGAUGACAUCCGCGAAGAUAAAUUUUCUGCCGUUUCAGAAGAAAAAAAAUGUUUUCAAUCAAACUGUACAUCAUACAAAGCAGCUGCAAAAUGAAACGAUUUCGUGAAUUCUUGGUCAGGCUACAGCAUCCGGUCAUCCUUGGGUGGUCUGACAUCCAAGAACUGACCGGACUGGGCAUUGCUUAACUUCCGAGAUCGAGGGAUCGGGUGUGUCCAAGAUGGAUUGCAAAACAUAAUUCAAAAACUUAUGUCAAUUAGAAUGUCAACAUCAAUUCCAAGGUCAAAGAAAAAAGAUGUGA